ACAGGCAAGCAGCCAGUUAGCUGCAGGAUCUCACGGCAUAGGGCAAAUCAGCAUAGCCUUAUCACCUGGGUUGUUUCAUACAAAGAGCCAGUCCACUCAUUCCAACUCUUUGGCACUAGCCAAUUCUCGAAGGGAAUUCACAAGCAUCCAACCAUACAGCGAUAUAACGCAGGCUACCAGGGCUACUACAACGCUACCCACUAUACCUAA